AUGCCAAUCCCCCCACAAGGGCGCCGCAGGCAAAAGCGGAGGGGUUUGGGGGGGAUGCAAUUCCCCCCAAGGGGUCUGGGGUGUCCCCAGCCGUCGCGGCCGCCUUACAAACAUGUAUUUACUACAUGUUCUACCUACAUUCUAUGCACGUCUGUACGAACGACGUCGAGAGCGGCGGGAUUAUGUAAAGUAUUCAAACUCCGCCUUGGGCGGCGUGUGUUCAACCUCCCCUUAAAUGUCAAGAAAGGAGAGGAAUGGAUUAAUACACUAUCUCCUCCAGUGACUUAUCUGCUCAGAUGUAACUCAGAUGUAACAAGCCUUCUAUCUGGAACAGCCAUCAAAGCUAUAGUGGCAUAUAUCUCAGAUUAUGUGACUAAGCCUGGGUUAAAAACAUAUGCAAUAUUUGAUGCUAUUAGGCACUUCAGUCACCCACUAACAACUGACUAUUAG